AUGCAUACCGCAUGUCCAGGAUCUUGUUUUCAAUCUCCAACAGCUCCUUCAAUAUACUGUCACGGUACAAGCUAUCCGAAUCCUCGAAUUCUGAGCGGAUCCGCCGGAUUGUAUCCGCCCAUGGAAGGUCAACCUCGGGGAAUUGUAGAGUCCCAUUGUCCAGCCAAUAGACACGAUACAUUAAAGGAUGCCGUGCGAAAAACGUGGUCGCGUGGAGGUUUCACGGCGUUUUAUCAGGGAUUGAUUCCCUGGGCUUGGCUAGAAGCGUGCACCAAAGGGGCAAUCCUAGUCCUAACAUCGACUGAGAUUGAGCACCAUGCACAAACUAAAUUCGAUGCUUCACCCACUGUAUGUAGUGUCCUCGGUGGUAUCGGCGGAGGCUUCGCUCAAGCCUAUCUAACAAUGGGCACGACGACUUGUAUGAAGACUGUCGAAGUAACACGGACCAAGGAAGUAUCCAAGCCAGGCAAUAAACCUUCUAGUCCAAUGAAAGUCUUUUUUGAGAUUCUCCGUGAAAAAGGCAUCCGCAGCAUUACCGGUUGGUCCUCACGAAUCGGGAUCUCUCGAUUUGCCAAAGAGAGUAUUCGGGGUAUUACCGGGAAGCUUAAAGAGGAAAGGUCGCGGUUUGGAGAGAAGAUACUCGCGUCAACUAUUGGCGGUGCGUUGAGUUGCUGGAAUCAGCCAUUCGAGGUCCUCCGGGUGGAAAUGCAAUUCAUGAAAAAUGAUCCAACGCAUCCUGCACAUCCAACGAUUGUUUCGACCUUCGCGCACAUUGUCAAAAUGGAAAAAGAGCAAUUCCCUAUUGGUGCUGAAAGUGCUGGGAUCUUGGGAAUUCUAUAAUGUUUCAAAUGCCAUGCAUUUCAGGACUUUAAUCACCAGCAAGUCGGGGUUAUGUUCUAACCCCCAAGGACCCGUUGGCAGGAUUCAAAGUCCGCACCUAAUCUACAAAUACCAGGCGGUUGUUGCUGAC